GGGAGAAUCCUCGUGACGAGAUCGCUCGAUAAAGGCGGCGCUCCGGGGUUUGACAAUUUUAAAACAGAACAAGAUGGCGGAGGAGAGCGGGUUGAGGGGUCGGAAGAAUUCCAAGCGGAAUUGUGAAAACAACGCAUAUCACCCAGGUUAUUCUGGAGUGGAAGAUGUCCCCAUCAAUUCAUUUGAGGAUCCCGUUCUGCAGUCUAGGCCUGUCCAGAUUGUCCUUGCCCAUGAAGAUGACCACAGUUUUGAGCUGGCCGAGGAGGCUUUAGAGAGGAUUCUUAUGCAGGAGCGCAUCCGAGAUCUCAAUGUGGUGGUGGUGUCGGUGGCUGGUGCUUUCCGGAAGGGCAAGUCCUUCCUGCUGGAUUUCAUGUUGCGUUACAUGUACAAUCAGGAGAGCAGUCUUUGGCUUGGUGGAAAAGAAGAUCCAUUAACAGGGUUCACGUGGAGAGGUGGAUGUGAGCGAGAGACCACUGGCAUCCAGGUGUGGAGUGAGAUAUUUGUUGUUGAGAAGCCUGAUGGCAGCAAGGUUGCUGUGCUGUUAAUAGACACUCAGGGAGCCUUUGACAGUCAGUCCACCAUCAAAGACUGUGCCACAGUGUUUGCUUUAAGUACAAUGAUCAGUUCAGUGCAAGUCUAUAACUUGUCUCAGAACAUUCAAGAAGACGACCUUCAGCAUCUGCAGCUCUUCACAGAAUAUGGACGGCUUGCAAUGGAGGAAAUCUACCAGAAGCCAUUUCAGACGCUUAUGUUUCUCAUAAGAGAUUGGAGUUUCCCAUAUGAACACCCAUAUGGCCUGAAAGGAGGAAUGAGCUUCUUAGAGAAGAGGUUACAGGUCAAACAAAAACAGCAUGAAGAGCUCCAGAAUGUGAGAAAACACAUUCACUCCUGCUUCUCCAAUAUCAAAUGCUUCUUACUGCCACACCCGGGUCUUAAAGUUGCAACAAAUCCAAACUUUGAUGGAAGGUUAACAGAUAUAGAUGAUGAGUUUAAAAUAGAGCUGGAGAAGCUGGUGCCGUUAAUUCUGGCUCCCGAGAAUUUGGUGGAAAAAGAAAUUAAUGGAUCUAAAGUGACUUGUAGGGAUCUUGUGGAGUACUUCAAGGCGUACAUGAAGAUUUACCAAGGUGAGGAAUUGCCUCAUCCCAAAUCUAUGCUUCAGGCAACAGCAGAAGCUAACAAUCUUGCUGCCGUUGCUGGAGCAAAGGACUUGUAUGGCAAAAGUAUGGAGCAGGUUUGUGGUGGUGACAAGCCUUACAUUGCACCUUCCGAUUUGGAAGCCAAGCACCUGGAUUUGAAAGACUCCGCUGUCCGACAGUUCCGGUCUGUGAAGAAAAUGGGUGGUGAGGAGUUUUGUCGGCGGUACCAGGAGCAGCUGGAGACAGAAAUCGAGGAGACCUAUGCAAACUUUAUUAAGCACAAUGACAGCAAAAAUAUCUUCUAUGCUGCUCGCACACCUGCAACGCUCUGCGCUGUAAUGUUCUUCAUGUACAUCGUCUCUGCAGUGACUGGCUUUGUUGGAGUGAGCUCCAUAGCUACCCUAUGUAACUUUAUAAUGGGAGUGGCACUACUGGCCCUCUGUAUCUGGGCAUAUGUGAAAUACUCUGGGGAGUUUCGAGAAAUCGGAACCAUCAUCGAUCAGAUUGCAGAAACCAUAUGGGAACAGGUGUUGAAGCCUUUGAGUGAUCAGCUCAUGGAGGACAACAUAAGACAGACUGUGGCCAACUCCAUUAAAGCUGGCCUGACUGAUCAGGUCACACAAAAUGCCAAAUUAAAAAUGAACUGAUGGGCGCCCCCAAAACCCCACCAUACCCACCCCAUUGACCUGGCCUGCCUGACCUCGAGUGCUGCCUGUAGACUAAUGGACUCUGUGAACCAAAGUUUACAAAGCUGACGUUUCAAAAAGGCUUUGGAGGAAACCGCCGACGACUCAGAAGAUGACCUGCCGGCUGCAGUCCUUCAGGGCACUCGUGGUGGUCUUCUCGUUUUCACCCGGGUGCACGAUGUUGACAUGUGACCAGUGAGUCCCACUCGGACCUCCUACAGCUUUCCUUUUCCUUCGCCCACCGUGGAUUAGUCCAUUUGUGAAGUUUUAAUUGGACGAUGACGACGAGCUUUAGCCAUUUUUUUUUUUCUUUCUGAAAAAUUGCACUGGAGUCGCGUAAAAGGCAAUUUCAGGGAAAGGCAGCCAAUCACUGCUUUGUGUAUCUUUUGAAAUUAAAAAGGCAUCCGUAGAAAUGAUUGAAAUACAAAUCAUCAACCUCCUCCUCCUCCUCCCGAUUGUCUCCAAAUUGUAUUUGUAUCUCGUCAGUCAGCCGCUGCAAUUUUAUUUGAAUUCUCCUUUAGCGUCAGCCUGCCAGUUUUUAGCCAUUUUGCACGUAGUGACGUCCACACCGCGCACGUGGCAGGGAGUGAACGCUGGCGGCGGGGAGAACUUUGAGAUCACAUUGCCUUGCCUCUUCUUCUUCUUUUUUUUUUUUUUAAGUUUUUAUUUUUAAUCUGUAAAUGUGCCCUAAAGGUAUAAGAAGUGACUUUCGGGUUUUUGUUUUCUGUAAUAUAAAAGUAAAGGGCAUUGGAUAUGCCAACGUUUUAACAACAAUUCCAUCCAAACUGACGUCCGUCUGUACAGUGUGCUUACCGUCAGUUUUUCUAUCCGAUUAAUAGGGCAUGUAUAUUUAACUAUAAAUAUAUAAAUACAGAUUUUGUAUCAAAAGUUUUGUAGUUUAUUGGAAAUCCUGGUUCCGUGGUAGGCUCAAGUACAGUUUCCGUAACGGAAUGUUUUUUGUGGUCAAUGUCCUAAUGUGAGAAUGCAUUUAAAAUUGGAGUUUUUGAUAUUUUUGUCAUAUAACCAACCUGCCUCCAGCACUGAGAUUCCACCCCGCCUCUGGCAAAGCAAUGGGAAUGUUAAAUAGUUGAACUUGAUUUGUCCUUGCAUUUUAAACUUUAUUCCUGUAAUUUAUUUUUCAAUACAUAAUUAAAUCAAACGAUAUAGUAUCA